UUGCCGGCUGGACGUUAUCGGCCUGUGCCUGCCCCGCUGCGGCGGAACGCUCAGCCUUGCCUGGCCAGCUGGCGUGCUGCCCUUCAGCUCUUCUUGCCUACGGGCGAGCAGGCUUCCCCCUUGUUCGGAAUGGGUGUGUAUGCUCAUGGAUGAGUGUCGUGACAUCCAGCACGUGGCUUGUUCAGUGUCAGUGAUGGAAACCCCCACCCACAGCAACGUGCACCUGAGCGACUGGCAGAAAAGUUACUUUGCUAUUACCUCUGGCACCUGCACACCCGGACAGAAGGCAGAUGAAUACCGUGCCAAAAUCCUGCGUAUUCAGUAUGCAUGGGCAAACUCGGAGAUCUCUCAGGUCUGUGCUGCCAACCUGUUUAAAAAAUACGCAGAGAAAUACUCUGCAAUUAUUGACUCUGACAACAUAGAGACUGGCUUGAAUAACUACGCUGAAAACAUUUUGACUUUGGCAAAGUGUCAGCAAAAUGACAGUGACAAGUGGCAAUCUGCCUUGACAACAGAUAAUGUACUUGAUUUAAAGUGUGUGCAGGAGAGGAUGCAGGCUGGCAGAAAUUUCCAGAGCUCUCAGAUGGCACCAACAGCUGCCUGUGUACUAGCUGAUAAAGGGGUCAGUGCUUCUGCUGCUCCAGGUCUUCCUAAACUCAGUAUCCUCAGCAGUGCUGAAGAGACUGAGCUCUGUGCUGGCUCAGCAAAAUGUGCAAGUCGGGGACCAGAUCUCCUUGAGCAUCCAUCAUCCUCAAAGUCUCUUCAAAGCAGCGUGCCUCCUAUGACCAAAACUCUGGAUAUACUUCCUGCUUCUUUGGCCUCCUUAAACGAACAGGGUCAUACAGGUUUCCAGGCAACUCCACUAUUUGGAAGUAAAGAAGCAACAAGUAGUAGUUCUCUGAAAGUGUCAGGUAACUGUCAUGAUGGACAACAUUUGCCUGCUUCCAAUCAAUCCGCUGUACCUGCAUGGUCCACAAGUUCUGGAAAAAGAAAAGUGUUUUAUGGUCAGGCUGACGAAGGCAGCACAGUGAUUCCUAGCCUUGCUGCAUGCCAGGCUUCUACUAGUACAGAAACCAGUAGAUCUUCAGGGUAUAGAAACAGAAAUGAAGAGAGCAGCAUUCCUGGUUUUAGAACUGCAAAAGAACAGCUGUGGGUGGAUCAGCAAAAGAAAUCUCAAAACCCGCCCCAGCGUGCACCAGUGUCCUCACAUGGAGGUGUAAAAAAAUCGCUAGGUGCAGGCAGAUCUCGGGGUCCGUUUGGCAAGUUUGUUCCUCCAGUUCCAAAACAAGACGGAAAUGAAAAUGGGGGAGCACAGUGUAAACCUCAUGCAAGAGGACCGACAGAUCCAUUGCUGCCGGUAGAUGAACGACUGAAGAACAUAGAACCAAAAAUGGUUGAACUCAUCAUGCAUGAGAUCAUGGACCAUGGACCUCCUGUCAACUGGGAUGACAUUGCUGGGGUUGAGUUUGCUAAAGCUACUAUAAAAGAAAUAGUUGUCUGGCCUAUGCUGAGGCCAGACAUCUUCACUGGGUUGCGUGGUCCUCCUAAAGGAAUUCUUCUCUUUGGCCCCCCUGGGACUGGUAAGACUCUUAUAGGCAAGUGCAUCGCCUGCCAGUCUGGAGCCACAUUUUUUAGCAUCAGCGCCUCUUCUCUAACUUCUAAAUGGGUCGGUGAGGGGGAAAAGAUGGUCCGUGCGCUGUUCGCUGUGGCACGGUGUCAACAGCCAGCAGUGAUCUUCAUUGAUGAAAUUGAUUCCCUGUUGUCUCAGCGUGGAGAUGGGGAACAUGAGUCGUCGAGAAGAAUCAAAACUGAAUUUCUGGUCCAGUUAGAUGGGGCAACAACCUCCUCUGAAGAUCGUAUUCUGGUGGUUGGAGCAACAAAUCGACCCCAAGAGAUCGAUGAAGCUGCGCGAAGGAGACUAGUGAAGAGGCUGUACAUUCCUCUGCCAGAAGCCUCAGCUAGGAAGCAGAUUGUUACCCGCCUCAUGUCAAAGGAGCACUGCUCUCUAAAUGAAGAGGAAAUCGAGCUCAUAGUUAAGAAAUCAAACGGGUUUUCUGGGGCAGACAUGACCCAGCUCUGCCGAGAAGCUUCCCUGGGCCCUAUCCGCAGUCUUCAGUCCACAGACAUUGCAACCAUCAUGCCAGAGCAGGUCCGGCCUAUUGCUUUCCUGGACUUCGAAAGCGCCUUCAGGACCGUGCGGCCCAGCGUCUCCUCAAAGGACCUGGAGCUGUAUGAAACCUGGAACCAGACGUUUGGCUGUGGCAGAUAACUGCACCCUAACUGUUUCGCAGACAUGUCUCUAGCUCUGUCACGUAGUAAACCCACGAUAAUUUAGAGUGUCUGCACUUCUUUUUGUUUCUGUCUUUGAAAAAAGUCUUCUUAACGUUAUGCAGGCAGAUGUUUGGGCCCUGGCCUGAGGUUUCGCCAACUGUGAAGAGCAUGAGAAACUGCAAGUCAUGAUAUGAGAAACUGCCGAACACAAGUAACAGAGCGAGAAGUUGACAAAAUUCAGAUAGCUGCUGUGGAAGAUGGAUGAAUUUCGGUGAUGUUUGAAGGGAAGAUGGUCAAACCUUGCAUAAAAUUGAAGGGACUGUUGGGGGCAAUCUUGCAUGGCUCACUGUGCUGUAUCAGUAAUAUUGUGCAAGGUGGGUGGACCCAGGUAAUGUUACCAGAAAUACCAAUUUUGGGCAGGGAUGUAGCAAAACUGGGAUUGGUGGGGAAAAGUAGUCAGGGGCACAUUGUUUGGGAGAGGGAGCAGAGGGCCCAAAGGGUCAGGGUAGAUGUGGGAAGAACAUACAUGGAAAAAUCAAAGGGGGAUAAAGGGAUGGUCUUAUGUAAGCAGUGCUCUUGUCUGACGGAGCCCUGUGCCUCAUCACUGCAGUCUGUCCCAGUUUCUUAUUAAAUAUUUUUUCUCAUGAUUUUCUGCUUGACUUUACUUUCUGUGCUGCAUCUGCGCAUGUGGAUGUGUGUUCUCCGGAGGUCUGGGCACUUGCCACGGUGGAAGAGGCCAUGGCUUGCAGGGGCUACAGGGUCUGCAGAUAGGCCGCGCGCUGGCCGGUGCCUUUACACAAAGGUGCUGUGAGUAUCCUGGCGUGCAUGGGAACCUCGCUAAUGCACCUCCCCAGCAGACUUCGAGCUGGUGAGUAGGAGGAUGCCAGCAGUGGGAAAGAGCACAGGUAGAAGCCAGCGGCAGGGCUUGGGGUCUGGGCACGUG